AUGGAAAAGAGGGAAAAAUCAUGGAAAACUCUUUUCUUUGCACUUACAGUGUUUUCUCAACUGAAGAGCUAUGGUGCUGCAAUCGACGCUGGAGAUACUCUUUCGUUGGGUGCCUCGCUUACUGGAACUCAGACAAUAAUUUCACAGAAUGGCACAUUUGAGUUGGGAUUCUUCAGCCCAAAUGGAAGCAACUGGUAUAUCGGAAUCUGGGAGACUCCCGCCAGAAACAGGUCUGGCGUUUUGAAGCUGUCACGAGAAGGUAAUCUGGUAUUGUUUGAUGCAGAGGGCGCGUCUAUCCGGUCAGUCAACACAACAAAAAAGGCCUCCCGGGCUGUGAUAAUAGAUUCUGGUAAUUUUUUAAUGCUGAAAGAUGACAAUAAAUAUGAAACUGUUUGGCAGAGUUUCGACAAUCCUGUAAAUACAUGGUUGCCAGGGAUGAGGUUUGGUGGACAGCAAAAGCUAGUCUCUUGGAAAAACCCAAUGGAUCCCACUCCUGGCCUUUUCUCCUUCCGCACGGAUCCGUCUGGGGCCAAGCAAUUCGUGUUGACAUGGAACAAAUCUAUACAGUACUGGGAAACCGGAACUUGGGACGGCAAAAUUUUCAGUAAACUUCUAGAAAUGGCAAACUUGGACAAGGGCGUCCAUGUAAGGGCUGAAAGUAGAAACUCUGGUUUUUAUACCAGUAUUACAUUGUUGCCUGAAAUCAAUGUUCUCCCACGUUUCGUCCUAACCAAUUUAGGAGGACUGCAAAUAAAUGCUAUUAUUAGGGGCAGUAAAUGGAACACAUUCUGGUCUCAGCCCGCAGAUGCAUGCGCCGUAUAUGGUCUCUGUGGUGCUUAUGGAACCUGCAACUCCAACAAUCUUCACUUUUGCAGCUGCGUGGAAGGCUUCGCGCCCACAGACAAUGGUGCCUGGGAUUCCCAAGACUGGGGAUCCAGUGGCUGUGUUCGACAGAGCCCAUUAAACUGCGAUGCCAAAAAUGGCAGCACUGACAGAUUCGUCGACCUUAAUGUGACGUUGCCUAAUGAUUACACUUCCUCAUAG